AUGGCCAUCUCCCUUGCCAACAGCUCCUGUAGUCCGACGCGGCUGGGCUUGCUCCCAGACGACACGGACGAAAAGGGGCCUCCGCCGAAGCAGAGCAUGUGGCAUCGAUUGGGCCUGCGACGAUGGCUGGGCCGCGACGAUCGAGACUCAGAUCGAGACCGGCUCGAGACCUCCUCGUCUCCCCACAACAUCAACAGCCUCAACAACCUCCACAACCGCAAUUCAGUACCUCCCAACCCCCAUCUCCGUUCCUCCUCCGCCAAUAGCAACAAUCGGCACACCAAACACGACAACCUGACCCGUCGACUCUCCCGCAAAGUGGGCGUCGGCCUGCCCCGUUCGACCACCUUCAAACGCCAGAAUUCCGAACGGCGAGAUCGAUUGACACCCUUCGAGGCGGACCACCGCCGUACAGUCUCUGCCGACCGCCGUCCGUCGAGUGCCCAAAGUACCAGAACCCGGUCUCCACUGCCAGCCGUGGACCCGCGACUAUCCGCACCAGAGGUUCAGUGGCUCGGCCCGACGCCCGCAACCACGGUCGACGAGUUCCCUGACACGGCUUCAAACGAUGAGCCCAGUGUUCAUGCCCAUUGGGAGGACUCUUACCCCGAUCUGACGAUCACGUCGGCCCCAGAAGUGGAGGCUGAAUCAGAACGGGGUGAAAGGGGGCAACAGGAGCCAGGGUCAGAACCGGUGCCGGUGCAGCAACAAGAACAGCAACAGCAACAGGUCGAGGAGGAAUCGAUAGACCCGCCCGCACCAGAGCCGGUGCAGGACAUCCUCGAUAUGGAGCUAGACCAACGAUGGAUCCUCAAUCUAAGCAUGCACUUUCGAGACCGCUCUGAGCGUGAAAAAUUCUUCAUUACCUAUGCUGAAACCCCGACCCGAUGGCGCCGGGUUACAAUCUCGUGUGAUUAUCGUGAUGCACCGCCCGACUCGCUCGAGCAGGACCUGAAGGAACUCCGCUACCAACGCGAUAAAUCCGCCCGUAUAUACGAGUCAAUUAGGGAAUCUCUCCCCGAAAUUCAAUUCUACGACACCGUCACCAAUCUUAAAGUUGAGACACGCGAUGGUCGCCUACAUGUCCAUGUCACCGAAGACGUUAAUGAGACAAUCCCCUACCCGCCCAUUUCGAGUAUCGGGCACCUGCGAGGCGCCCGGUGCGUCCCUGAGCAUUUUUUACACUUCGAUGCCCAUCUCUCGGGAUUUGUCUACAAGGUCCAACUAGGAGGACGGGCUUAUAUCAAGAAGGAAAUCCCCGGCCCAGACACGGUCGAUGAAUUUCUAUACGAGAUCAAUGCUCUUCAUGCACUCAACGGCGCUCCCAAUGUUAUCCGCGUGGAAGCAAUUGUAGUGGACGAGCGACAGCAGGUAGUGAAGGGCUUACUGAUCAGCUAUGCCGAGCAAGGAGCGCUGGUCGACAUUUUAUACGAGCGACGGGGGCAAAUCUCCUUUGCGAGACGAGAGCGCUGGGCCAAACAGAUCGUGCAAGGUCUCUGCGAGAUCCACGAAUCAGGCUACGUCCAGGGAGACUUCACACUAUCAAACAUUGUGGUAGAUGCAGAGGAUAACGCGCACAUUAUCGACAUUAAUCGAAGAGGCUGUCCCGUUGGGUGGGAGCCGCCUGAAAUUGCAGCAAAGAUCGAGAGUAACCAGCGCAUUUCGAUGUAUAUUGGUGUCAAGACAGAUCUGUAUCAACUCGGCAUGACUCUUUGGGCCUUGGCGAUGGGGGAAGACGAGCCCGAGCGACAACCUCGCCCCUUGUUUCUCGGUCACGACGCAAAUGUACCAGACUAUUAUCGGCGUCUGGUUGAUAUCUGUCUCAGCCCGAGUCCUCGUCACAGACUGGCCGCAAAAGAACUACUUCAUUUCUUCCCCGCAGGUCUCUUGUCAAGACAAUCCUUACCCGUUCGUCAAGCCCCAGCGACAUACGGCAGCUACGAACGAACACUGGCACCCCUCGUCACAAAAACGAAUUACGCCGAUCCUUUACCCAUGGUAGUCUCGCCCGAUCAACUCACUUCGAGGGACUUGUCCGAGCAGAAGUACUCAGAUACAAACCGAGGCGAAGCGCCACAUUCUACUUUCUCUGGCAUUCAUGAUCAAGAGAAACGAUCGACCCUCACACUUGCCGAAUCAAAUGGAGAUGCCUUUCCGUCGCGACAUUCAUCUGCAUCAACCUUGAACCACCCAGAACCCCCGAGGGGUGACAAAUCCUGGGAUCAAGAUGAUUUAUCUCGCGGCCAUAUUGCAUCCGAUAUGCCUGCAGACCACCAAAAAAUACAAAAUGCCGUUCCAAGCUUCUGGGCGCACGCUAUGAGCAACAGCCCUGAGAACAGUGUAUCGGAGCAGCAGCCCCAUUUUAUCGAAUCACCAACUGCCUGCGAAGACUAUCCGGAAAGAGGUUCGCCAAAUUCUGAAGAUUCGAUGACUUCAAUGCCAGCCGCUCCCGUUCAGGUGCCUGUCAGUUCUCAGAACAAGAAGCCUCGAGAUUCAGUGUCAGAAAUUUUGAACAAAGAGGACCAAAAAUAUGACAUCAAGACCAAAAGCGUCAGCUUUGACUCUCCGGAUAGGGGCCUUUCGCAUUCGACCCCAUCUCUGCUGCUCUCGGCCCUGCCCAUCAACCCCGCCCUGCGCAGCUCUUCUCGCAGAUCACUCCCUGCAGAUACGACAAAAACAAAAUUGCGGAACGAAGAUGGUGGCAGAUAUAUCACAUCUCUUACCGAAUCACAACUACCCAUCAAUCCUGCACUAGGCAUCUUCCAACGACGACAAUUCCCUCUUUCCACCAAACCCCUUCAACCGCCCUUUCCGUCUGCCACCCAACCAGAGUCUUUCCGACAAAAGCUCAUUUCCUUCCUCUCCGACUCCCGACUCCCCAUCAAUCCGGGCUUUAAAGACAAAUUUACGAACAUGGCCUGA